GUUUAUGACUUUUGACGCUUUGUUUGCUAAAAAAGUUUUUCAGAGAGAGCAUUUUAGUUAGGGAUAGAUUUUCCGGUUUUGUUUUAUAAGUUUAAUAUUAUAUUGUGAAUCGGAUAAAGAUGGUUCGAAAAAGCACCAGAUCUACAUUAAGAGGAGCUGAAAAAACUAAAUCUGAGACUUCUAAAAGAACUCGAACAAGAACUUCCACUCGACGUAGGAAGUCGUCAACUAGUGAGGAUUCUGAUGAGGAAUUAAAGAAUAUCGCGAAUAAGUCACCUGACAGGUCAGAAAAAGAUUCGUCAGAGAGUGACUCUCCAGAUCGAGACUCUAAAAAACCUUUUAAAAAAAGAAUUAGAGGUAGAAAUCGUGAAUCACCAGUACCUAAAAUAGAUGAUCAAACUGAAGAUGUAAAAGAAGGGAAAAGAGGUAAAGGUAAGUCUAAAAGUAAAACUAAGUCAAAUAACUACACAGCCAAUGUUGAAUCUGAAAAUGACAAUAUACAGGUGACAAAAGAGUCACCCGGCAGCACUAAAGAGGAACAACAAAUUGAUGAAUCUGAACGAAAUAUAUCAGAUGCUGUGAGUACUGGUGAGAAUAAUGAGGAAGGAACUAAAGGAGAACAGGAGACUGUGAUGUCUGAUAAUACAGAGUCUCAUGAAGUAGUGGAAGUUAAGGAGGGUGAAGAUAAUGUAUCUACUGAAAAAGACAAUAUAGAUGAAACACCUGUUAAUUUAAAUAUGGAUACUACUAAUUAUUCUAAAAGUACUGAAGAAGUAAAUACUGGCAAAUCAUUGAAUGAAUAUAAUUUACACGAAACAAGCAGUAAUCUGGAAGAGCCACAUAAUGAAGAGAAAGAAAUAACUAUCACAGAGAGCACCGAAGAGAAAAAGGUAACUGCUUCAGAGAGUAUUGAAGAGAAAAAUGUAAUUUCUUCAGAGGGUACUGAAGAGAAAAAUAUAGUUUCUACAGAUACUAAUGAAGAUACAACCGAACAGUCAGUUGAAUUGCCACCAUUUAGUACGAAUGAUAAUAGUAGCAGUAAAAAAGAUGUGAAGAAAAAAAUUUGUUUAAAAAGAAAUAUUGACAUAAAAACUACUGUUCCUGAAGACCUAAACAUUAAUGAAGGGCAUACACCUGAAGUAUCUCCUAGGAAUGACAACGAAAAGUUUGUCUGGGGUUCUUCAUAUGAAUCAAAUAAUGAAAAAACUAGGAAAAAAAGUCCAAAAAAAGAUGAAACAACUGGUAUCAGGAAUACCAGAAAAAGGAUUUCUUUAAAAAGGUUAACUACAGAUGAAAGGAGUACAAAAAUUAUAGAAUCUAAAAAUGGUGGUACUGAAUUGGAGAGGAGCUCUUCUCUUCAAGAACAUAAUGAGAAAACAAAGGAGCAGGAGGAAGCAUCGUCUGCUAAGUGUGAGGUGAAAAGAAGACAUAGUUCAGCCUUUGAGAAGUCUCCUAGGAAAAACGAAGAAAAAUCUCCACGAAUGAAGAAACCAACAAAAGUUGUUAAACUUAGGAGAAAGUUAAUUUGUGGUGAUGAAGAAGCAACACAAAAAGAUAUUGAGCACAGGAAAACAAAAUGGACCAAGUCUGAUAUAUUUAGCAGUAUAAAUAUUUUAAAGCUAGAUACAUUAAGGGAACUAUGCCCUAAUCUUGAUUUAAUACCAGAUAAUGAAGUAAACCUUGAGUUGGUAAAGGAACAAAGGGUGUCAGAAAAGGAAAGACAAAAGUCUUUUAAUGAAAUGGAAGCAGAAGAAAUGGAAAAAAUUGAAGCUGAACUUAAUGCCGAACCUGAAGAUUUAAGGGAGAAAGAAAAUAUCAUUGCUAUGAAUAGGAAAAUUAGCAUCGUUGAUGAUACGGCCAGUAAACUAAAGCCACCUCCAAGUCCUGCAAGAAAUCCUGUUUCAGAUGUUUUAUACAUAACUAAUCUAGUGAGGCCUUUUACUGUAAAACAGCUUAAAGAACUGUUGGAAAGAACGGGAAAAAUUAGAGAAGAUGGAUUUUGGACUGAUAGGAUUAAAUCUAAAUGUUAUGUACACUAUGAAACAACUGAGGAAGCGGAGGCGACACGGAAUGCACUACAUGGAGUUAACUGGCCAAUUGGUAAUGGAAAGAAACUUAUUAUCGAAUACUCAACGGUGGAUGUUUUUGAGACUGCUAAGAAACCGCCUAUAGUGCUGAGAAAGGAGAAAACACCAGAAAAAGAAAUUAAGCUGGAAAAGCCUAAAGAAGAGGUCAAAGAAGAAAGAAAUGGUGACAGAGGAGCGACCAGGGAAUGGGAUAUUGGAAGAAAAAACGACUAUCCAAGCAGGACGUCACGAUCCAGGAGUAGAGAGAGAACAAGAAAACAUAGUCGACGAUCCUACACGCCAGAAGAUUAUCAUUCUAAGAAAAAGAGACGGGAGGAACCGGUUCCGCAAAAAGCGAUGGAUGAUUUAUUUUUGAAAACAAAAGCUACUCCUAGUAUUUAUUGGCAGCCCCUUGCUCCUGAAGAGAUCGCUUUGAAACAGCAACAAAGGCAGGCCCGCUUGGAGGAGAACAAGCGUCGAAUGGAGGAGAUUCGAUUUCCUGGACGCAGAGAUCAAGGGAGGGAGCGGGAUCGUGGCCGAGAUCGCAAUUUUAGAAGGCGCUAACUUCCAUCUCGAGACCGAAUUCCUCUCCACACGCGUAUUAAUCUUAAUAUUUUUUCUUUUGUAGAUAAACGAGUGACGGAAAGCGAGAGUCAGUGUGUGAAUGUUAAUGUUCCUCUUUCUCAAAUCCCGUUCCAUCAUUUUUUCUUCCAACUUUCCGCUUAUUCAAUCUAAUCUCCUGCAGUUUUUUUUCAAUUUCCAAAGUAAUAAAACAUACAUAUUUUUUUUUUAGUUAAAACGAUUUCUAACCAACUGUUUUUACGUUUUUUUUAGAUACGCGUUUGUAUGAAUGAGAAAGAAUGAAUGUAAUGUUGUAAUCCUAAUUUUUAUAGGAUUUCCAGUUGCACGUCUGUUCCAUCGAGGGAGUUUCUAGUAGUAUUUUGAUGUUGGUACUGCAGUUGGUACCGAACCGAAGAAGCAAGAAUGAAAUUCAAAAUUGAAAUUUGUUUUUAAGGUAAAACACAAAUCAAGUCAUAUAAUGAGUGAUAACUCCAGUUUGUUAUAAACAUUUGAUUACUGUAUGAUAGCGUUAUUGGGCUUAUAAUAAAUGUAUACAAAUAGA